AUGGACAUAUCUAAAUUUGUACUACUUCUGUCCUUCCUCAUUAUUGGUUCUAAAGAAGUGUGUUCACUUGUCGGAUAUAUAGUAGAACAAAGCUCUGCUGCCUAUCCCUUUACCAGAGCUCACAGUCCCAUUGAUGAUGACAAUACAACAUGUGCUGUGACAAAAAAGCGUGUGGGAGAGUACUGGAGGAUACAGUUUAACCAGUCCCUGACUAUUGCCGGUGUCUAUCUUCGGUUGAAAGGCGGUAAUUACACAAUAGAAGUGCAAAAUGCUUCUGAUACUUCCAGUCGACAAGUUUGUGGUUAUAAACACCUGCCCUUUGAAUUUGCUGCUAGCAAUGUUAAUAUCACCUGUAAACCAGACUUACACGGAGAUGUUAUUAUCGUUAAAAAGACAAAUAAUGGAAGUUUGUCACUGUGUGACUUUAAACUUAAAGUGUGUGAGUUUAACAACCUUGACAUUCUGUGUACAAAGUGUACUCCGUCCAGCAGCUGUAAAUCAUGUGACGGUUCACAUUAUGGGGUUUGGUGUGAACGUCCAUGCUCGCCCGGAUGUGUACCCGGAACAUGUGACGAGCUGAUUGGAGAGUGCUCAAGAUGUAAAGAUGGGUACCAUGGGAACAAAUGCCAAAUCUCAAAAAAUUGUACAUGUAGAAAUUGUUUCUCAGCAUGUAUCGAGUGUCAUACUUUGACUGAAGAGUGUACCCGGUGUCAGAAAUCCAGAUAUGGUAAACUUUGUCAGUAUGAGUGUCAUCCUAACUGUGAUACGUGUGAUAUCAACAAUGGCACGUGUCUGAGUUGUAAAAUCGGUUAUUCUGGAGAAAAUUGCUCAGAUCAGAGACCAGUGGGAAUGGAUGUGGAAAAAAUACUCUUUUGGGUGUUGUUUCCUAUUGGAUUUAUUAUCGUAUUGGCCACACCUUUCCUUCUGAAAACAUUUUGUAGACGUCUUCGGUGCUCUAAAACCAUUUCAUUCUUCAAUCACACAAUGACACCAACCAUGACUCUCUCUGAACAGGCAAUGAUUGCACGGAACACAUUAAACAGUAGCCGAGUAAUACUAGAACCAGAGGGGACUAGCCACUAUUUAGAUGAUCCCUACGACGGUGUAGUACAAGUCGUAGUUACAUUUAGUAAUAUCAAAACUAAGAGUUUAUCCAUAGAGCAGUUUGUCAAAGACACCCACCAAAAGAUGAUGGCCAAUGAAUUCCGAUCAGAGUUCAAGAUUUUGCCAAAUGGUCUUAUGAAUCUGCACACAGAAGCCUUGAAAAUGGAAAAUAGUACAAAAAACAGAUUCAAAAAAAUUUAUCCUUAUGAUGCAAACAGAGUUAUUCUGGAGCCACUUGGAAAUCUAUAUUCUGGGAAUUACAUCAAUGCAAGUUAUAUUAAUGGCGUUUACAGGGAAAAUGCAUACAUAGCAGCACAAGGACCCUUUACUCCACAGACCGUUGCUGAUUUCUGGAGGAUGGUCUGGCAAACACAGAGCAAGAGAAUUGUUAUGCUUACACGAUUAACAGAAGGAAAUGUGGAAAAAUGUAUGCAAUAUUGGCCGGGGGACGCAGGGGAAUUCGGUCCUUUCUCAAUAAUUGUCCAAAAGGAAGAUAUCCUUGACAAAUUUGCAGUACGAAAAUUUAUCGUCAGAAGGGGUGAGGAGACCAGGAGGGUGACACAGUACCAGUUUAUGGUUUGGCCAGAUACCAAAGUCCCACUUAAUCUUGAGGCACUACUCUGUUUUCGAAACAUCUCUAAAAAUUCAAUAAGUCCUAAUGAAGGACCCAUAAUUGUACAUGGAAGUGCGGGUAUAGGUCGCACGGGGACAUUUAUCGCCCUGGAUUACCUUCUAGAGAAGGGCUUUAAAGAGGGAAGUGUGGAUGUCAAGAACUGUGUCAUCAACCUGAGACAACAAAGAGCAUUCUCAAUACAGUCUGUUGACCAGUAUAUUUUCCUUCAUGACGCUCUGGUGGAAGGAUUGACAAAUCUCACAUUAAAUUGCGCGCUUCAUGUGGUAGAUGAAAUGUGAC